UUGAACAGACUAUAGUGCCUGCCGAGCGAGUUACUGGGGAGUAUGUCACAGCGCGUUGAAGGGCUGCGGCAGACAUACGAAGGGUAAUCAAGAAGAUACAAAGGCGAUCUCCGGAUUACAGCAUAAAGUUUAAAAACUUCUGAACUCCCACGGAAACAGGCGCAAUGAGUUCAAACGAGCACUCGCUUCAAGCUUUGUCGUGGAGACAACUUUACUUGAGUCGAGCUAAACUUAAAGCGACCAGCAGAACCUCUGCUCUGCUCUCCGGCUUCGCUAUGGUGGCGAUGGUGGAGGUCCAGCUGGAGGAUGAUCACGAAUACCCUCCUGGCUUAUUGAUUGCUUUCAGUGCCUGCACAACAGUGCUGGUGGCCGUCCAUCUCUUUGCCUUGAUGAUCAGCACAUGUAUCCUGCCCAACCUGGAGGCCGUGAGCAACGUCCACAACCUCAACUCCAUAAAGGAAUCGCCACACGAGCGCAUGCACCGCCACAUCGAGCUGGCCUGGGCCUUCUCCACCGUCAUAGGCACCCUCCUCUUUCUUGCAGAGGUGGUUCUUCUCUGCUGGGUGAAGUUCCUCCCUCUGAAGAAUAAAAAUAAACAUCCUCCCCCGACAGAGAAUGUAACUGAAUCUUCAGGGAUAAGCCAGGGGGAAGCUGCAGCGAUCGCCUCUACCUUAAUCAUGGUGCCCUUUGCCUUGGUGUUCAUUGUUUUCGCUGUGCAUUUCUACCGUUCGCUGGUCAGCCACAAAACAGAGCGGCAGCACCAGGAGUUGGAGGUUCUGGCCAAAAUCACACAGAUGCAAAACCAACUGGAUCACAGGGGAGACGCGUCCAACCUGUCCUCUUCAGCGCAUUUGGCCUAGUUGAUGCACUUAGUUGUGCCCUUGUUCUCAUGCCAAACAAAAUAUGGACUGUUGUCAUUAAUACAAACUAGAUGAUGGGAAUCAGGGAUUCUGCAAUAUGGUAGUAUCACAGUAUUGUGAUGCCUUAUGUUUUUCUCGUUUUAUUUUUUUAGUGUACAUACAAACAUUUAUAUAGAUGGGAAAUCUGAAAUUGUGCUACCACACUAUUUUAACUGCUAUCCGAAUUGUAGUUUAAAAAAAUAUUUUUUGUUACAGUUACAGAAUGGUUUAAAUUUGGCAUGCAUCGGAAGUCGCGAUAGCCUUUUCUUCCCUAUUGUGUAUCAUAUAUCAGUAAAACGGUUUUUCGAACAAGAAAAAAUGUAGGACGGGACUUGAUUUUGUUUAACGGGAAUUUCUUACAUCUUCAGGAAAGAGAUGAGUUGUUGUUUCAAGAGGGAGGGGAAGAUAUUUUAAUAGCACUUGAGGGCACAUGAAUUUUAGAAAGAAAAAGCAAUGGAAAUUAUUUUAUAAUAGUGAUAUAUUCCAUUAAAAAUAAGAAUUUUCAUUGAAUAAGAAUUGAAUUUAAAGGAAAAUAUUACAUAAUAUGAUGCUUGGCAUCACUGAAUUUAUUCAGUUUAAGAUUAAAAUAACAUUAAAAAUAAAAUAUACUGUUUUGAUUCCCUCCGUUCCUUGCCUUGUUCAAUUUUUCACUUUGUUUUCAGUGGUUUUGGAUGCUUCCUGCUUAGAAAAUGUAUAUAGCUGCAGAAUUCAAAAGCAAAAUAAUAAAGAUUUAGGGCUUUUUUUAAACAUUCUGAUUCAGUAGUUGAUUGGAUAGGGACACCAGCAUGUUUGUUGUUCCAGUUCAGUCUGUACAUAUACUGUUAAGCCAAAUUAUUACACCUAAAUGCAUAGAAAGGUUUCCAGUGUUAUGAUAAUCAGUUCAUUUUCUUUUUUGUUCAGUUUAACUGCAUAAAGUCUAAAUAUUUUUUUUCGACAUUGUGCAAUUCGAAUUUUACCUCGUAAGUGACAAAGUGUCAUACUUGCAUGCGUGAAAGUGUCAUUGAAAAUAACAUUUGGUCUAACAUUUUGUAGAGCCGUUUUCUUAAAACCCACUUUUUAAAAAUUGCUGGAAUUUUAGUAACUGAUAUUUUGGGAUUCAGUCAAUUGGUGGCUUCAUUUCAAUCAUUUAUGUGCUCAGGUCAUAUGAAAACGUAUUGACAUUGCUGCUGUUUAAACCAUUAAGUCCAGAAAUAAUGCUUUCUGGAAGCUUUAUCUUGCUUUGACUGAGGUUACAAACAGCUCAAAUGUAUAUUAUAAAUACUGUAGUUUCUUUUUCUCUGUUUGUUCAGCAUGUUUUGGUUGUGUGAACACAAAUUGUGCAUUUGUAAAGCAGAUAUUUUAAAGCUUUUGCUGUGAAGAGGCUUUUGAAUCAUACUGGCAUAAUUUGUUUACAAAUAUAGUCUUGUACUAAGAGUAAGAUCUUAAAUAGGUAUUUUGCACACCUACUGUAAAGUUAUAAUAAAAAUAAAAGCAGUCAUUUUAGACUAUUUGGAAGAUAUUUUAAUUUUUAAAAAUUUUCAGGCCACCUUGUUUGUAUCAUAUAUCUUCUGAUAUUACAACAAACCUUUAGCUGGUAGUGUUUUACUGGCAGGCACUUUUUGUUUCUGUGCCAUUUCCUAGGAAAGUACCUCUGAUGUUGUGACAGUUUAUAAAGAAAAGAAAUCAGUGCAUUGUUUUCAUAUUUUAUAUACAGAUUAAUUUUUACCCUGAGAGCAUCUGGGCUGCUAUUCUUUGUAAACUUAUUAAUAUCCCCACUUAAUGAAGGUUAAAUGAAACCUUAUUUUCAUAUUUCUUGAUUUUAUAAGAUGCUAGAGUUGGGAGGUGAUGUUAUAUUUUAUUAAAAGUAUUUGUCAAGUAGAAAAUGUGCAUUUGCCAAAUAAAAAUGUUUAAGUGGAAAAA